GAUUCCGGCGACGUAUCCAUCGUAAUGCCGACUGAUCAGUUAAACGAAGGAAGUGAAGACAGUAGCAGGAGAGGAGUGAGGGAGACACGGCAAGCGCAGGCGCCUAACGAUGUCGGUCCGAGCAGUAGCAACUCUUCAGGAACAGAGAGAGCAAACCACAUGGACGAGGCCAGAGCUAAGCAAAGUAGAAAUCGAAGAUCGAGAUGGAGAAUGUUCGAGAAGCUACCGAGAUCCAACUCCACGGGACAUUCGCUGCUCGAACAGCCUCUGGCGACGUCGAACGACACGGAGAGGUAUACGCUUAGGUUGCCGGAGGAGCUUCGGAGGUAUAUUCUGAUGAAUCAUGCGGCCAUCGGGCGGUCGGUGAGCUACCAUGGGGUGACGCGGCCGAUGAAAGGGAUGGGUUGGAGUGACAGCGAUGGAAGCAGCAGAGGGAAGAGGGACACGACGACGCCUCCAAGUGUUCAUCGCAAGGAUUAACAAUAAUGCCAAUAAGAUCAAUAUGAAGGAACCAAAACUCGCAAGUUACAACCUUGCUUUUCUCGGCACAGCCAUUGGAGAAAGAAGAAAAGACCCCAACACCACGACAUACAAAGACGACAGGUACAGAAUCAUUAGUACUUGGUAUCUGGUGAAGCUGUGUCAAUUUCUUCCUUAGCCCUGCAAUAAUCCUCAGAACAAACUAAAACAUUUGAUAUUUUAACCGUAAACUGUAUACAAAAUAGUGUGCUGGAGUUGAAGGGGAGGACCAUGCCAGGCAAUGCAAAUAUGGUAAUAUAGUGCAGAAGUUGAAUGAAAAGGUUAAACACCUACUUUACUGUCAAGCUAACAAGAAACUAGUUCAGAACAACAACUACAAUGUACACAACAACAUGCUCGAAAAACAACCAAAAGGGAGGUUAAAGGUCUAGUUGGUUAUCUUUUUUUACAAAAUACUUCCUAACUGUGCAAUCUUGAGUUAGUACAGUUACAAGCUGAUUGUUUAUCUCUGGCGCCCAUUCCUUCUAUCUUCGCCACCAUAUUGGUGCAGUCUGGCUCCAGUAGAAUUCCCCAUGCCGACACUUCUAGCGUUGGGUAAAGCUGUAUCCAGAAACGACUGUUGUUUAAAUACAGGAUCCUGUGUUCCAAGGUAUUGGCUGCAAUAAUAGUCGGUCUGACGCAGAUUAUUUAAGCUGCCGCCUGAGAAGGCUACUUCACCGAGUCCCUGGUUGUUUGAAGUGCCAAGCUGCUGCUGAAGGCAAUUCUCACUAUUUGGAUCAUAUUCCACUGGGAUAUUGCCGGUGAGAGUUUUUACUGCAAAUUCUAUGCAUGGAUCCAUCCAUGAAAUACCAAAUGGCGAUUCAGAAGUACUGCCAGCAUGUUCUGCAACAAGGUCCUUUGGUGGUGAAGACGCACUGCAUUCUUGCUUCCA